AUGACAAGCAAAGCGAAAAGAAAUUCUGAAGAAUUUGACCCAGGAACUGUUAUUGAAGAAAAGGUAUCAAAGCAAAACGGAGAGACAUCAAUCCGUCGGUUUAUAAAAGGUAGAUUUCUUGGGAAAGGUGGCUUUGCACGAUGCUAUGAGUUUACAACCCAAGAAUCCCACAAGUUAACAGCAGUCAAAAUUAUCCCUAACUCCGGCUUGGCUAGCAAGCUAUGUCAUUAGAAAAUCCCUAUUUUUGAGAAAAUUAAUUCAUCUUCAUUAACUAGUAAGAAAUGUUUUAAUUAAACAAUUUUCAAAUAUAAUGGUUUGUUAUAUGAUUUUUAUAAUUAUGAAACAUAAAAUGGUAUUUAGUUUGAGAAAAAUUAGCUUUGUCAUCUUCUCCCCCUCAUGGAAUUUUAUUGUUUUACCUUAAGAACUUUUGCACGCCAAUAGUGGUUUAACUUUUAGUCCCAUAAUAAGUCUAGGAGACCCAUCCAACUCCAUCCAGAGGCUUGGGCUUAUCCACUUAGCACGCCUGAGGAGGUAAUUUUAUUCGGAACACGCAGGAGCUGUUACUGGCUGGCCUAAAAGGGCGUUAUAUCUCUGCAGCAGUCGGAUUUUCUAAAUAUUAAUUAGAUAAGAUAAGAUUAAUAAUAAAUAAUAAUAAUAAUUAUAAUUAUAAUUAUAAUUAUAAUUAAAUAUACAUUUAAUUCUAUUAAAAUUGAUGAAAUAUUUAUAAAGUUUGAUUAUUCCAAUCUGAAUAAAAAAUUAUUAAUAAAAUUAAAACAAGAAUUCACACGAGGUCAAUAAAAAAUCUUGCUCGCCAGCCAAUGGUGUAAGGCGUCUUUAGCUAAAGCAAGAGCCAAACAAAAGCUCAUAUCAGAAAUAAAAAUUCACCGAUCCUUGCAUCAUCCCAAUAUAGUUGGUUUUGAGCACUUCUUCGAGGACUCUGAAAAUGUGUAUAUUAUGCUGGAGUUAUGCACAAAUCAAACUAUGAAUGAGCUUCUAAGAAGAAGAAAAAGGCUGACGGAGCUGGAAGUUCAAUGCUAUUUGGUUCAGAUCAUAUCAGCUUUAAAAUAUCUCCACAUGCACAAAGUAAUCCAUAGGGAUUUGAAACUUGGAAACCUUUUCUUGUCAGAUAAAAUGGAAGUUAAAGUGGGAGAUUUUGGCUUGGCAGCGAAAUUGGAAUUUGACGGAGAAAGGAAAAGGACUAUUUGUGGAACUCCAAAUUAUAUUGCACCAGAAGUUUUAGAUGGGAAGCAAGGACAUUCUUUUGAAGUUGAUGUAUGGGCAUUAGGAGUAAUCGCAUAUACCAUGCUUGUAGGAAAGCCUCCUUUUGAGACUUCUGAUGUAAAAACUACUUAUAGAAGGAUCAGGAUGAUUUCUUACAGUUUUCCUGAUAAUGUCCCUCUAAGUGAGCCAAGCAAAAAUAUGAUAUCACAAAUUCUGGUAUGCGACCCGAAUAAAAGGCCCACGCUUGACGACCUUUUAAAGCAUCCGUUUUUUAGCCAAGGGAAUGGAUUUCCAAAGCUACUACCUCCUUCAACCCUCGCAUGCCCUCCUUCUGAGUCAUAUUUAAAUCAAUUUGAAAUAAGUAGAAGAUCUUCACCUACAAAUCGCAGAUUGAACGAAACUUGUCCAAUAGAUUCGAUCAAAACACCUAGACAAGAAUUCAUUAACACUGAUAGAAUUCCAAGAUUCAGAGAAGAAAAUAAAUUUACUUUUGCAAAGCCUAGAAACAGUGAUAACGGUCCUGAAAUCUAUGUCAAAAAAUGGGUCGAUUAUUCAACAAAAUAUGGGCUUGGCUAUUUACUUUCAGAUGGGGCCAUAGGAGUAUGCUUUAAUGACUUUUCUCUUUAAGCAAUUAAGAAUCUAGACACCAGGCUACGACUUAACGCCGACUAUAAAUAGCUACUCCAGAGCUUCUGUCCUUUUUGCAUGUGCCAGGCUCACAGGCCGCUGGUGUUGCCAGCUUAAACAGCUCAAGAGUGAGCGACUUUUAAUUUAUUAAUGAUAAAGGCUCCUUGGCUACUGCAGGAUGGAAGCUGGAAACCUGAAAACCUUUCAAUUCCCUUAGCCCUGGCCAAAUGGUAGACAUAGGGAGGUUCGAGGGAGGGGGGACUGGGUUUCUAUUUCUACUUGACCACGCAUCCCCUCCAAGUUGCCCUCGAGUUAUUUCCGAGAUAGAGUUCUAAUCUAAAGCUAAGCUCUCAAUCAUAAAAUGAAAUAGCGGUGUCAAUCAGUAUAUAGGCACUUUAGGAAUGCCGCCAUUAUAUGAUCAUGCAUGCUUUAAUGAUAGCACAAAAAUUAUACUCCUGCCUGCUGGAAAACGGUUUAAUUAUGUAACUCGACAAGGCCCUGAAAGGCAAGAUGUCAUAACUUGUUAUUCAUUGGCUGAUUAUCCAGCUGCACUUCAGAAAAAACUUACUUUGCUCCAACACUUCAAAAGUUAUUUGGACGACAAUGUAUCUUUAGAUAUUGAGCUUGAAGAUGAUGAUGACACUUCAAGUCAGGUGUAUAUGAAGAAAUGAAUGAGAACUAGGCAUGCAAUUAUGUUUAGACUAUCAAAUAAAAUUAUACAGGCGAAUUUCCAAGACCACACAGAAGUGAUAUUAGCAACUGAUGUAAAAACAGUUACUUAUGUUGAUAAAAAAGGAGAAAGAAAUACUUAUCCAAUAGCUGUAGCAGAAGAAAGUAGUAACCAAGAAAUGACGAAGAGGCUGAAAUAUACGAAAGACAUCCUUAAUAAUAUGGUAAAUCCGUCAAGCAAGCCAACGGAGACUGCUUCACCACUGGAAUAA